ACAAGAUCCCGUCCACGGUGCAGCUCACGUGACACAGUCAGUUGACAAGGCAAAACACGGCAGUAGAACAGAAAAACAGACGAAAUGGAUCAUCACCGGGUUGACAGGGUGGGUCUUCUGUCUCCUCUUGAGGAGUCCAGUGCGGAGAUAAGCAGAGACAGCGGUAUCGUCUCUCAGAGUGCGAGCAGUUUGUCCAUGGUGAGCGACAUCCUUAGCAGCGGGACCGUGUCGCAGAGCCCCAGCUUCGGAGCAGCAGCCGCUAAUGUUAUACCUCGAAGCCCGAGUCUCAACGAAGCAACACAGCAGGGUACAGUCGACCAGCAGGACGACGAAGUCCUGAGACAAACUGCCCUCGACUACUCCUCGUAUAUUAGGGCAACAGCUGGAGAAGAGAUCUUGUGCUUGGAGAAAAGCUUGGAAGAAAUGCUGACAAGAGUGGAUGAGUUUGUUGGGAUGCUGGAUAUGAUCCGGAAUGAUACCACUCAGAUAGUGAAUGAGAAUCUACCUCAAAUCCAACAGAAGUCUGAUGAAAUGAGACAAAUAUACAGAAAAAUUGAUAAAUUAGAGGCCUUUGUAAAGAUGGUGGGAGCCAAUGUUAGCGCAAUGGAGGAGCAGGUCACACAAGCAGAGGGAGAACUAGGAACACUACCGAGUACUUUCAAGAAGAUUCUUCGCACAAUGAGUGUUCCAGGCUUCUUAAAUAAACAGGCCAGCCCACGAAGACCAGCACCACAUCAGCGUCAAGAGAUCCCCAGCGUUUUCCGGACAGAUGAUUAUUUCACGUCACAGCCAGAACAGUGACACAGUGGAACAUUUCAAACAAACUUGGUUCUAACCUCAGAGGCCUGAUGAGCAAACUACAGACAACUUUUACUGCCAUCUCUUGGAAGAGGAUCUUUCAGUGCAGUGGCCUCAAUGAAGCAAUAGCAGCCUUUCUGAACAACUGACUGGAAGUCAAGUGCGUGACGACAUUCUGCAUUUUUGAGUGUCGUUUUUUUGGCAGCAAUGAGCACUGGACAGUAGCAACAUGAUUUUUAAAAGUGCCUAAAUAGGUCUUAAGUGUUUCAGUUUGUUUUGUAAAAGAAAACAAUGCCAGAUGUUUGAACUGUGACAUGUAAGGACAAAAAUCAUCCUGCUUGCCAAUAGGAUAUGUAAAGAUGGUACAUAGAGUUGCUGUAAAGAUCAUUAGAUGUAAUACAAGAAAAUUAGCUAAGCUUUUUUUAUUAUUAUUUUUUUUAUAAAUUACAUUUCUGUCACUGGUAUUUGUAAGGACCUGCACGCUGUUAUGACUUGAUCUGCAGUUCUGUACGUAUCCCCACUCUCCCCAAGCAAUAUUGACCUUACCUGGUUAAGUAGUAAAUGUCUUCCUUUUUUUUUUUCACUUUAUCUCGAGCCUUAUCUUGAUGGCUGUGGAUGACAGUUGUCUCACUGACAAAGAGCUACAUCUUAAAUGGCACCUUUUUUCAGAAAAGCACAGGUAUACUAAUGACUAAAAGUUUUGCGCCAAGGACAAACUUUUGAUUUGCUUUUUAAACAAUUAUUAGAGGAACAUUUGAUUUCAUUUCUCAAGAUGAUGUGAUGAAGCCCUUAUUCUUCCAACAAAGCAGCAAAGGUCACUGGUAUGAUUGAUUAUUUGCCAAAGUAGUUAGUAAAAAUGUCUCAUUUGCAUAUUAUUUUGGUUUACAUUUUUUUUAAAUCAUUAAAAUUUAUUUAAGGCAAGGUCUUUGUUUCAUGGCAGCUUAUAUGUAUGCAUUUAUUUUUACACCACUUAUUUGAGAUCAGGAGGAAGAGCAUCUGCUAAUCUUAUCAAUUAUAAGUUUCACAAUUCAGAUUUAAUUUGCUGGUAUAAACAAUGGCUAGUCACAAUUAUAUUUUGAAUUUUCUAAAAAUUUAAGGUUUCAAAAUAUAACGACGAUUUUACAGUACAAAUAGAUGUCUUUAAGAAACUACUAAGUUAUUGAAUAGUUAAAACUUAUUUUAACAUAGUUAAACUUAUUUUAACACGUCCUAUCUAAAAUCUAGAUGGGUAAGUAUC